GUUGACGUCGUUAUGGUUGGUACGCGCAGUUUCUGUUUUCCCGCGAGUGGUAACCAGGUGGGGGUAGGGGUUUCAUUGGGCAGUGCGCAAUCGCCAGAGCCGAACCCCCCACAUUCCCAGUGAAUAGUGAAAAGUGAAAAGUUCCAGAAAGACCAGCUUCAGACAACUGAAUCAUCUCUAUCGAAGCAAGCACUUCGUAAACCAAAUCCGCGAGGCCAAAGUAUUACCAAGAACCCACCAAGUAUGGAAAAGAUAUGGAAGAAGGUGUGCGAACAUCACGAUGUCCCCGAGCAGGUUGCCAACGAAUGGUUCACCCGCAUCCAGCAGCACCUCAGCUCUGAGGAUCCCGCUCGCGCCUACCACAACUGGCAGGAGAUGAUGCAGCGCAAGGAGCCCCACCUAGCGGGCGUGUCCAAUCUCAAUAUAGUGCUGGCUGCCUUUUUCCAGUACUACCACUUCGACGGCAACCGCAGCUGUGCCGAGCAGAACUGCGAGGUCUUUGAGGAGUUUUGCCACGAUGCCCUUAUCGAGGAUGACCACGCCAAGAGCCUGGUGUGCAAUUUGCUGGGCCGUAAGACUCCGGAGAACCAAUUGACCUGGUGCCAUGACGACGAGGCCAACUUGCUGCAAGAUGUGGACUUGGUGGUUCUUGCUGCAUCGCCUGAGGAAUACAAGCACUACACGACUCUACUUCGCUCAGAGUACGCCAAUUUAGAUGAUGCCACUUACAAGGCAAUGCGCAUUAAGGUGCUGGAGACCCUGCUGAUGAUACCCUCUAUCUAUGCCACUGGGGAUUACCACGACAAGUACGAGGAGUUGGCCCGCGCCAACAUACGCAGCGAAAUCACCGAGCUGAAGAAGCAGUAGGACUAGAAGCAGGAGUUGGAAGGAUCCGAAUGGGACGGGGCUGCUUUGUUUACUGCUCUUGAGUUGUGUACUUACUGGCCAUUUUACCUCGUUUGACUGCAAGGCACUCGUGUAUUGGAAAGCAACCUUUUCUGCCGAGCAUCUAUCUAAUUUUACUCCUAAGUGAAGUGUAAUCAAAAUCAAUUUCCUAGUUAGUGUGUACGCCUAGAUAUAUACGUAAGCCCUGUAGACUCCAGCUCAUAAUAAACUUGAUGUAAAUGAUGUA